AUGGACAGUGGGCUUGUUGGUGCUGGAAAACAGCUUCUCCAUGUGGACAUCUAUAUUGAUGAACACCAGCCUUCUAGAGGAAUCCUGGCUCUUCUGAGCAGACUUCGUCCCAACUGGAAGGCACAAGACGUUCAAAUGAAGACAUUCACAGAAGGCAUCACCAACCAGCUUAUUGGCUGCUACGUGGGCUCUCUCCUGGAGCCUGGUUGUGUCUUGGUGCGACUAUAUGGCAAAAUGACAGAGCUCUACGUGAACAGGGACCAUGAGGUGGAGAUGUUUCAGAUCCUCCACGCCCACAGAUGUGGUCCUGAAAUUUACUGCAGCUUCCAGAAUGGCAUCUGCUACGAGUUUGUAAGAGGAACCGUGCUGGAUGAUAAACUGCUUCGGCAGCCGUCUAUCUACAGAUUGAUCGCCGCAGAGAUGGGGAAAAUCCAUUCGAUCCAGCCAAAAUCCGGUCGGCCGGUCGAACCUGUGCUGUGGACAAAAAUGUCUCAUUUCCUCAAACUAGUGCAGAGCAGUGUCAGCAGCAGUCCAGCUGGGCAGUGGUACAUAGGCAGUUCUGCAGAUCUACAAAAGGUGCCCAGCUUUAAGACUUUGUCACAGGAAAUGGAGUCACUGAAGAGACACCUCUCUCAGAUUGACUCGCCAACUGUCCUCUGCCACAACGACCUCCUGACAAAGAACAUCAUCUACAACGAAAAAGAGGGAAUGGUGAAAUUCAUUGACUACGAGUAUGCCGAUUAUAACUACCAGGCCUUCGAUAUCGGCAAUCACUUCAACGAAUUUGCUGGUGUGAAUGAUGUUAACUACAACCUCUACCCGAGCUGGGAGCUGCAGAGGGACUGGCUGACGGCCUAUCUGGAGAGUUACAAGCACAGCACAGGACGUGAGGUCACAGUCACGGAGGCAGAAGUUACGCAGCUCUACAUUCAAGUCUGCAAAUUCUCUCUUGCAUCCAACUUCCUCUGGGGUCUUUGGGCCAUCCUGCAAUCACGUUUCUCCUCAAUUGACUUUGACUUCCAAAGAUAUGCCACUGCACGACUGAACUUCUAUUUUGAGAAGAAAGAGGAAUACUUUGGACUGGCAGUGAAGUAA